GCGCCGCGCCUGAUUGAGAGCGACCGCGUGCCGGUUCGCCUUCGUAACGCUUACACUGUGCCGUGAGCGUGUAAGCGUUAAAGAGACCCCACGUGUCACCUGAGAUGGACCCUUUCUAGGUCAAGAGACUGCCACCCUGGGGCAUAGUCUCAAUCGCAAGAACAGCUGCUCGGAUUGGCUUGCACAGAUGUGUUCAUGAAGAAAUCCAGGCUUUCCCUGUAUCCUGUCACGCUGUUUGGGGUUAGAUGCUUCAAAGAUCUCUUGGAGUUGUCUAGAGGAGGAGAAGAAAUCUCGUGCUCAGAUUUCCAGUGAAAAUUCUUCUGCUAACCUCCGUCUGUCUCUGAUGACCCAUCCUGAAAGAAGAAAAGAGAAAUAUUGUAAUGAAUCCACCUUCUCCAGGCAGGGUUUCUGUUCCCCCUGGAAAAGAUACAAAUGAAAAGAAAUGUUGGAGAUGCUGAACGUUCCUGUUGACCUUGCCAGCACUGGAAUAGCUAUGACUGGAGAGGUGCCUGCCUAAAAUGAACUGGGGUGGAUGGUGGAACCAGAGCAGCCACGGAAGCAUGAAUAUCCCAGAUGAGAAGAUGCCCUUGCCUGUCCCUGUUCAAGCAGUCUGAGGCAUUUCUGUUGUGUAGGAUGGAGUCAGACUCUACAGGAUAAAAAUACCUUUCCAAUGAACAGAAAAAUAACCAAAAUGAAUACAUCAAAGAGCCCAAAAUGGGCAGAUUCUGGACCUGAAGCUGAUAGGUUCUGCCACAAGUAAUCCACACAGACACAAGUUUUUCUUCUGCACUGGUGAUGCUGCGGUUGUGCUGAUGCCUGCCUGCCUGCCAUUUUGGUGUUAUUUCUUACAGUCCUUACAGCAGUGCUUUGGGUAUGACUGGCUCUCUUCCUAUCUGAACAGGAACAAAACCAUAUAUUCCCUAGGCUCUAUUAAAAUUCGGAGACCAGCCUGUGAACUGGUUAGAGAGGAAGGAGCCCAAAGUCCUUUCAUCGACCCUUGCAUGCUCCCUGAUGAGCUGAAAUAUGCAGUUUCCUAUGCACCUGGAUGUUUAUUUUCAAGGAGAAAAACAAACUAAUACAUAUUUAUUUUUGUUCCCACAGUAUUAUUUUUACUUUCAGGCUAUGUUUGCUGAACAAAAUAGUUGCAGGUUUCCUUUUAACCUAAUAAACUACCGUACUGUUACCUCUCAUUAUUUAUUUUGUGGCGCUGAGUUUUGAAUCUGCUGCUUCAAUUACAGAAACUGCCAACAGACAUGAAAAUCCAGAAGACAGAGGCUGAAGCGUUCCUGCCUUUUAGCUUUGGAAUUACUUUUGCAUACUCUGACAGUUUUCCCUUAUAAACGAAGUUGGUGAUAGCUACAGCUGCAGAAUGCAAGUAAACUGAUGCAAACUUUACCAGAAUUAAGAAGAGAAUGUUUUUUUUCAAAUCAGAAGUUGGCAGAAUUCCUGUUUUUCUGUCUUCACCUUCCUCCCUGCUCUCCCAGGUCUGUUACUAAUUACCAGAAGUGGGGAAGAGGAAGUAUAUGCAAGGUCACACAAGAGGAAAUACAAAUGUGCAGGUGUUUUGCCCUGAGGAGUUGCAGCUUGCUUUCUGAGAAUACGUAGUAGGAUUUUGUGUCGUUUGAGUUUAUUGUACUCAGAACAGGAUAAGAGUUGAUGUAAAAAGUUCUGCCCUGGGUGUACGUAAGGCUAGGAAUUUUAGCUUUGGCCUUUAGCCUAAGUGAUUGAAAAGUGCAUUUGUAUUAUUUGUUUAACUGACCAGAAAAUGCACCGAGUGGAUGACGUUGGACUGUGUGGAAUAGGAAGAUUAAUUCAUUUUCAGGUUGAAAAAGAUGGAUUCACUUACGAGGAGAUUAAUAGAAGUUAAUAGCGAUGUUUUCUAUAUACGUGUUUAGGUCAGGCUGGGGUAGGAUAAUCUCAACAGGUGAAAUUAAAACAGAGCAUGUAAAAAACUCUCCCACCCCUUGGAGAGACUCGCCAUUCACUGUGGCUGCACUGUGUUGGCGCAUUGGUUCCUAAAUACCUGGUUUCGUGUGUGUCGUGCAGAAGAACGGAGACUCGGAACUCAUCCAGAAAAACUGGGCUGGAGGAGAUUAAAGGAGAGUUAGGAAGACAAAUGGUUUCUCAGAGCAUCAUUUCUCAUUUCCAGGUCUCUGACAGAGCAAUUGUCAAGAGAUUGGACUCCUAUUUUGUCACCCUGUGUGUUCAGAAUAACUUUUGUCUUGGGAAGUAAUAUUAGAAAUAUAAAGCCAAAUGCAUUCUGUUAAGUGAAAUUAUUUACUACUUUGACCUUUCAGUCCUUUGUGCUGUGGUUCACGAAGGUGUCCUCAAUUCUUUACAGCUUACCCAGGCUGUCUGUACAAGGAGGACAGUCCAUCAAAGCUACUCUUUUCCGGCAUCAGGAUCUGCUGGCAGUUGUUUGGUGUUUUGACUGUUAGUGCCUCUUGUGUUUUUUUGUUUGGUUUUUUUUUGUGGUGAUAAAGGAGCAGUGAAGCCUUUUCCAUUUGAAAAAGGACCUGCUGAGCUUAGGGCACACCCCUCAUUUGCCAUUACCAGGAAAAUGACCCCUGCCAGCCAGCUCCUCUAAUUGUGUGCUCACAGCCCAGGCAAAAAAUGCUCUGAGAAUUUAUGUUUUUUAAGAGUCGAUAUUGAUAGUGAAGCGUAUUAAAAAAAAAAACAAAUUUACUUUUAUUAGUGAGUAAGGAUGGUGCCUAUAGAAGAAUCACAGGGAAGAUGAAACGGUGAAGGGCGUGGAUAAUUUAUAAUGGAGCUACAAGGAUCUACAUGCUGUGUGUGUCAAGGUCUGAGCCGAGGGCUUUAGUCCUGACUCACUGACCUUUCAGCCUGCCAGCUCAGUUGCCUCCCAUAAUGAGACCACUGGAUGGAGAGGAAGAAGUUUGGCACCUGUGGUUUGAGCUGGCAUGGUUGAGUCUACACUCAACCAGAUGUGCAGAUGUGGCAGCCUCCAGAUGGGUUAAGAGAUGGCUGGUACCCUGGUAAUGGCUAUUUCCUCACUGACGUUUCUGUUCGACUGUGCGUUAGCGUGGACACACAAGUAUCAUAUCUAGAAACAGCUACAUUAUACACUUACUAAUGAGAGAGAAGCAGGAAUAUGUUUAUUGAUACCAUAUAGAUAUAAUGUAGUGAUUUAACAGUGACUUCACAAGAUUUGAGAUGGCUGUAUGCACUUGAUUAUAGAUGUUAAGAUUAAAUACACACAUACAGGAGACCUUCCCAUUGAGUCACGAGGUUCAAAGUGGAACCCCUUGCUUUCUAAAACCCUUGAACCACGGAGGGAAGGAGCCUAAGUGCAGCUGGAUUCACUUCUAGUCCCAGGUUUUGUCAGUAGUUUAUACCUAAGGAAUUGUAUGUGCACAAUCAAUCUAAAAUGAUUUUGGCAAAGCUAGCAAAGCUUACAGUGAAUCUAAGAUAUGAUCUUAAUGAAGCUAGCUAAACUUAAGAGAAACUGUUAGUCACAUUCACAAGAUCUGCACUGGCAAGGCAUGUUGUCAUCAAGGCGUAAGGGAUCUCUGCAUGACCUCAAGAGGCAUCUCUACUUGAUGUGAGACUCUGUCUUGGAGCCCCACUCAAGGAGCUCUUGGGCUGCUCACUAUUUGUGGAGUAAGAUAAAUGGAUUCACAGGCAUGCUUUGCUUUUAGGUGCCUUAGCUGUUGAACCAGGUGUCUGCUAUCAGUUCUUUCAUCCUCCCACUUUGAGACAGAUUUGUGGUUGUUAAUCUGUUUUAGUGAGAGGGCUAUCAGUACUGUUGCUCAUUGUCUUCUUGUGCAAGGCUGGGCUGGAGGAGGAAGUUGGGAGAAAAAAGUCAGAGAGAGAACGCCAUCACAGUGAGGCUGGCUUAGAGCUGGUUGGUCAAGUCCUCCUCAAAUGAGCAAUGCUGAAAUAGCCUGAGGGGCAAGCAGGACAAUAAAAUAGCCCUGAGAUAAGCUGUUUGUUUGCUUGAUACAGGUUUAAUAAGCUAUCUGCAGUCAUGAUGGAUGCUGAGAUCAAAGAAUGAAUGAGACUUUGUUCACAGAGAUUUAUUCUUUGCCCUGGGAAGGGGCAUUGAAAAGUAUGGAAAAAUAAGAGAAAUUUCUGAAUAGCUCCUACUUCAGUUCAGAAUUUAUAGAGUGUACUUAAAGUGAGAGAAAAGGUGAGAAAUGGAAAAAGGAAAAUCAAAGUAAAGGAACAACAAAUGGCAAAAUACCCCAGGCAUACCAAACUUGUUACUGUGGUGUAUGAGGAUGUGUCUUGAAAUCUAUGUAGUUUUCAGAAAGCCAAAUUGGGAUGCUGUACUUUCCCUAGUUUCUCUGAAGGAAUUUAAUAAACUGAAGUUAGCUAUUAGUAAAUAAUAUCUUCAAAUGAUUAUCUGUAUUUCUCUGCUUAGACUGUCUUCCUGUCAAGUACAUAUUUAUUCCAAUUUUUUUAAAUUAAGCAGAAAGAAGUCUGCAUUAUGUAACCAAGACAAAAAAUUGAUACAGGAGAAGGCCAGGCUUCCCCCAGCUUCUGUAAUACUUAAGUAUUCAUGUGAUUUGCAGUAUAGCAUUGUUCAGUACCUUCUUCUAGUCUUAACUGGAUGGACAAUACCUCUGAAGAGUAUAUUGUGAAUGUGGAAAAGAGGAACUCCACCUUCAAAGAAGCAGAAGCUGACCUCAGCACUAAGAUGCUUUACCCUAUUGAAAUGUAGGAAUAAUAUAUGGAGCAGCACUAGUACAAACUGCUGAACUGCCUUGGCAGCCCUCCAAACGACUGCUCUUUCUGAUGGAGUUUUUAAUACUUCAAGAAGACAUAGUGUGCACAUUUAGAUGCCAAUAAAACAAUUCCCUCUAGGAUCCGUAGGCCACAUUUCAUUGCUAAAUUAUGAUGCCAGUGUGAAUGAUUGACCACCAAUCGCCAGUGAAGCAUUUCUGCACACCCACGUUGAGUAGUGCUUUUGCUUUUCUCUGUUUAAUCCCUCCUUUUGGUAAACUCUGACACUGCUUCAGCCCUUGGCUGUGAAGAUUUUGUCCAUCUCUAAAUGUGCAUGUUGUGCCAUUGCUGCUGAUGUUAAAGAAGUGCUAACUACCUGACAAUUUAUUGACUGGAGCCUGACCUUGUUGUGUUCAUGAGCUGCAAGAUGCUGUGGCCAGGACUCGGUUGGUCUCCAGACAAAAAGCUAUAUUAAAUGAACCAGAGGAGAAAUCCACAGAUGCAAUUCUGUUGCUGCAUCUGGCAAUCGAGAGAGGAAUGAGAAGGGAACUAAAAAUCCCAUUACAAUUAUUCUUGGGUGCUUGGGUAAGAGUUUUCUGUUUCAGAAGAAUCAAAUAACUUUGAAUCUAUGCUCAGUGUAGUCUAAGUUGUAUGCAACAGGAGGGGAAUGAGCUCGUUAAACUUGACAAGAGAGAAGGGUGACCUUCUUUUGGGGUGAGUUUAAGGAAUUGGAGUACAGAUUAGGAAAAGCGAUCUGAAAGAUUUCCCUGUGGAGUGGUCAGUAUAAUGAAAUUUUGCUCAAGUUUUUGAAAACUCCCCUUUCCAAUAUUUUGUAUAGAUUAUUUUAGUGGCAGGAUUCAGUGGCUGAAUUUCGUUGUCACACCUGUGAUUUGAGAUAGGUAUCAUUAACUCAUUAUAAGGAUUUCAUAGAAAAUUUGAGUCAUCAUGGCAGAAUGGGAUUCACGUGAAGUACAGGACUUGGCCAAAUAGAGGAGGAAGGUAAGUGCCCCAGCAUCCUGUUUCUUGUGUGUGUAAUACAGGAUAAAUUGUAUGAACAAUGCAGUAAAAGCAAAUAGGGAUUAGUUAAGCGGCCAGCUCUCAGUAUGAUAAUCUAAGCAACUGUUACCUGAUUUCUUCACAUGAUAAGCUUUUUACCUAGUGUGAAGAAUUCUCAUCAAGAAAAUGGAGAGAUGAAGUAGUAAAAAAAACCCUUUCUGUGAUAAUUACCUGUCUUCAUUUUUUAGCAAGCCUAAUUUUUCAGAAGCGGCAAUUAAUUCUGUUGACACACUCAGGCUAAGUUAAGAAACCUCAAGUAAAAUCUCGGCUUCCUGAAGUCAACAAUAAACUUGUGUUUGUGCCAGGAAUCUCUGCAUUUUUGACAGAAAUUUACCACAAAGCCUUGAUUCUUGAAAGCCAUGGGAUAUCUCAGCAUGUGCGUCCAAAAGAUGAGGAAGGAUAACAUAGAGACUCUGAAAAUUGUUGUCUCAUUCUGCUGACAAGAAAUGCAAACAUGAAAAAAUUAAGAAUAAUAUUUAUGUACAGCAUUGCUUUGGCUAUAAUAGCGUGGGUUACAAAUACGAAAAGUGAGAUGGUUUAAAGCACUAUCCUUUAUCCAUAUAUGUAGGGCUUCAGUAAAAAUUGGCUUUUUUUCAUGUGAAGUUCUCUUGCUUGGUACCAGGCAUUAAUGAUUUUUGUCCAUUUGAAAAAAAAAAAAAUCAUUAAAACAUCCAGCUGUUCAGUUGGAAUUAUCAUGGUUGCAGCUGGAAAUAAAGCUCUAGUAGUGAAACAUACAGGAUGGAUUUCUGAAAAGCUUUGUUUUUUUCUUUUCUGACUGAAAAUUGAUAGGUAUCAGCUAAUUGAAUCACAGAAUCCUUCGAGUUGGGAGGGACCUUUAAAGGUCGUGUAGCCCAAAUCCCCUGCAACGAACAGGGACACCUGCAGCUGUAUUAGGUUGCUCAGAGCCUGGUCCAGCCCAACCUUGGGUGUCUCCAGGGAUGGAACAUCCACCACCUCUCUGGCCGACCUGUUACAGUGCCUCAUCAACCCUAUGGUAAAAACAAAACAAAACAAAACAAAAAAACCAAAAACCUUUCUUACAUUCACAUAAGUCUUUUAGUGUUGAAACCAUUUUCCCUUGUUCUAUCACAGCAGACCCCUCUAAAGAGUCUGUCCCUUUCUUUCUUACAGCCCCCCUUUAGAUACUGGAAGGCCACUAUCAGGUUCUCCCCUGAGCCUCCUCUUCUCCAGGCUGAACAGCCUUGGAAUUGGAGAUUGAAUCUUUGAAAGUAUUUGCCUUCUAAUCUGCUAUCUGUAGGCUUCUUGGAAGCAGAUUUCUAUUUGCUGACUGCAUAGGCAUUUUGUUGGCAGUCUUUUACUGAAAAUUCAUGGAAUAACAUUUGAAUUGCUUUUGUAUUUCUUCUAGGUUUUUGUUUGAUUCUUAAAACCUAUGAACUGGGUAACUAUUUCAUUCCUUCUCCUUUUCUUUUUUUUUUUUCUUUCUUUCUUCUAAGCUAUCUUUGUAUCCAGCACAAAGUGGAAUGCAAAAUAAUUGAAUAAUUUGUGAGACUGACUGCAAAAUAACAUCCUCCAGCUUUCUCUAUAAUUCCCUUUUUUAACUAAAACUUUAGCUUGAAGUAGAGAACGUACCAUCCUCUUACAGAUCCAGGUUUUCUUUAUAAUAUUAAAACCCAUCUUGAUCUACUGGGAUUUCUGUAUAUGAUGAUGCUUUCCUCACUUAAUUCCCUGUAACAGCUGAGCAUUUAAAUUGCUUACAGGUAUUUUUUUCCCAGAGUUAGUUAAAAUAUUUAACAUUACAAAAAGAACCGAAAAUCCCCAGUCACAAGUUUUUACUGCUAGAUAUUCUACAUGAAACAAAGACUUGUAGGUAUUUUGUCCUCCUUUGACACGUGAAACCAGACUACCACUUUACUGCAGAGCUGCUUUCUGAGGCACAUAAGCAGUUUGGAUUAUGCAGAGAAGACUCAGCCCAAUUUUCUAAACAACUUUUUCAUGCCGUGCCACCCACACGGAGAAGUUUGGGGUUUUCAUUGCCUCGCCAUACUUCCUUUUAUUCUAUGUCUCCAGUGGCUGUGGCAGUGUAUGGCCUGGAGGCUUGACUUGUGACUCUUGAGAUGCUUGAUGCAAUGAGCUGAUAUGCAAAUUCCUGGAAGGAUUAUCAAAACAUUCUUGCUACACCUUGAAAUCAAGGAGUUUAUGUGGGCUUGAGAAGUUGAAACUCAAGUCCAGACUUGAAUUUUAAGGUGUGUGUGUUGUGUCUGGUAGCUUUUCUCAGGGGAAAUAUCCACACUGUAGCUUCUUCAGAGUCAAGGUUUAGUGGUGUCCAGAAUCUGGCACAAGACCUGCUAGUCCCAACUGUACAUCAAGGCUUUUCAGCCUGUGAAGCACUGUCCCAGGGCUGAUGGUGCAGUUCAGAAGGAAGCCAUCUCACUGUAAUGAUCUCUGUUAUGUUUGAAAAUGUUUGCUCAGGAGAAAACGUCUGGGGAGUGAGGGGGAAAAAAAAGCAAAGAGAAACAAGAAAAAGCUGUGCACAAUGCCAGCUGCCAUCAGGGAAUGAAGGUUUAUUUUCAGAGCAUCAUCUUUGGAAACACUGCUUCCAAUAAUUUCAUCAGUCUAAAGAAAAUUGUACCUUUUAUCUUUUUGUUUCGUUUCCAGGUCAGGUUUUUAUGGAAGAAGAGGGGCUGUGCUGAGCAUCAGGCAGGUUAAGCCCCGUGCCUUUGGAAGAGCUCUCUGAAAAAGACUGAGUGCUGUGCUGUGGUUGUCCAGGGAUUCUAUCACAGCCCAUGGUGGGCUGCAGGUGAUGAAAAUGGGUUUGGAACACACGGUGUACUGUGGAGCAGCAGUGGGCAUUCUCGGCAGAGGAUUCUCAUGACAUUUCCAGAAAGCCACAAACCAUCCCCGAGCACCAAAUAAGUAUUCUCUGUUCUGAUAGUUUGAAGUAAACUUUGAAUGUGGGAACUUGUUUGGCUUUAAUGGGUAGCGUAGAGAACUGCUGUACACUGCAGUGCUCACUGGGAAGGCUGCAAACAGCAUAAUCGUGAGCAGGCUGCCAAUAGUUCAGAAAAAGGGUUUUCUGCUUCUAUCCCUCCUUGAUUAUUCACACUUUAGACAGUUUGGUGAGAGUUCUACAUAGUCUUAAGCUUUCCGUGCCCACCAUCCUCCCCAGUAGAAGCAGCAAGCAGCCUUUUUCCUGUGUGGGGGAGUGUUACUAGCCAUGUCCAAAGGGCAAAUGUGGAUUCAGAACAUUUUUGCAUUCUUUUGGCUAAGGAUCAAAUGAAAUUAGAAAGCCAUUUGACUGCCUGGUGCUGCUACUGAUGCAGAUGGCUGGGUGGCGGGGAGCUGCCUGGGGAUCAGCUGGGAGCCCACUGAGCUUUGAUGUGAUCCUGCAGCCAUCUUCCUACUGAAACAGAGGGUAAGCAUUAGGGGCAGCCGAACGGCAGGUUGCCCUCCAUGGACAGCAGGCAGCCUCAGGAGAAGGUGGUACUGAAGAAGAAAGUCACGCUGCUGAGGGGGAUCUCCAUCAUCAUUGGCACUAUCAUUGGAGCUGGCAUCUUCAUCUCACCCAAGGGGAUCCUGAAGAACACGGGCAGCGUGGGCAUGUCCUUGAUGGUCUGGACAGCAUGCGGCAUCCUCUCGCUUUUCGGUGCCCUCUGCUAUGCUGAGCUGGGAACAUGCAUUAAGAAAUCUGGUGGUCACUACACGUAUAUCCUGGAGGCCUUUGGCCCGCUGCCUGCUUUUGUGAGAGUCUGGGUGGAACUGCUUGUUAUUCGCCCUGCUGCCACAGCAGUGAUAUCUUUGGCAUUUGGACGCUACAUUUUGGAACCUUUCUUUAUGCAGUGCGAAAUCCCAGAACUUGCGAUUAAACUUAUUACAGCUGUUGGCAUCACGCUAGUGAUGGUCCUGAAUAGCACAAGUGUCAGCUGGAGUGCCCGCAUUCAGAUUUUCCUUACCUUUUGCAAGCUUGUAGCAAUUCUGAUAAUUAUAGUCCCCGGAGUUAUCCAGCUAAUUAAAGGAGAAACACAGCACUUUAAAAAUGCCUUUUCAGGGAAUGAUGCCAGUAUUAUGGGAUUACCACUUGCUUUCUAUUCAGGAAUGUACGCCUAUUCGGGCUGGUUUUACCUCAAUUUUGUUACUGAAGAAGUGGAAAACCCUGAAAAAAACAUACCCCUCGCAAUAUGCAUUUCAAUGAUAAUCGUCACAGUUGGCUAUGUGUUAACAAACGUGGCUUAUUUCACUACAAUCAGUGCUGGGGAAUUGCUGCUUUCAAAAGCUGUAGCAGUGACGUUUGCUGAACGAUUAAUGGGAAGCUUUUCUUUAGCUGUACCAGUGUUUGUUGCUCUCUCCUGCUUUGGAUCUAUGAAUGGUGGCAUUUUUGCAGUCUCCAGGAUGUUCUUCGUUGCCUCCCGUGAGGGUCACCUUCCGGAAAUUCUCUCCAUGAUUCAUGUCCGCAAGCACACUCCUCUGCCAGCUGUCAUUGUUUUGCACCCUCUCACAAUGAUAAUGUUAUUCAGUGGGGAUCUCUACAGCCUCCUGAAUUUCCUCAGUUUUGCCAGGUGGCUUUUUAUUGGACUGGUAGUUGCUGGCUUGAUUUAUCUCAGAUAUAAACGUCCUGAUAUGCCUCGUCCUUUCAAGGUGCCUCUAUUUAUUCCAGCAUUGUUUUCCUUCACCUGCCUCUUCAUGGUUGCACUGUCACUUUACUCCGAUCCAGUCAAUACAGGGAUUGGAUUCGCAAUAACCCUGACUGGAGUUCCUGCCUACUACCUCUUUAUUGUCUGGGACAAGAAACCAAAGUGGUUCAGAAAGCUCUUAGACACUGGAACUGAAGCAUUGCAAAUCCUCUUGGAAGUUGUCCCAUCAGAGGAGGACCAGAAAUCAUGAUCUGCAUCUAGCCAAAAACGCAGCCUUUGGCUUGAUGUUUCAUUUCAACCUGAGGAAGAGCGUGCGGAGAUGUCUUCCUCCUCCUAGUGCUCUGCAAAUUGGAGGAACAAAUCACAGCUGAGAUGGAUACUGAGUGCGUCAGUUGCCAGAACUGUAUUUUAUGAUGUUGCAAUUUAUAUUUUUUUUAAGUGUGUUUGGUUUAUACGUAGAGAGCAAGAAUUUAUGCCAUAAGGACUCUUGAACUAUUUUUUUGUUAGUGUUGUGUUUUAAUGAAACAUAGAUUUUUCAAACAAGGAUUUUUGUUGCAUUGUCACUGAAAAUAAGUUUAAGCAUUGUGUAAGUAAUAGUCAGGUGUACUGUGAUGAACGUAUCCUACUUGCUGUCCUGAAAAACCUACUCUGACUAGGGAAAGGGGCAGAUAAAGCUGCUGAGUAUCACUUAAUAAUGUUCUUCCUCUCCCUCUGUUUGGCAACCCUAGUUUACUUAUGUCUUGCUUGGAGCACCAGUGCAUUGAUGCAGAAAUACAGUGGUUUCUACUGCGUUUGUGGUGGUGAGAUCAAGGUAUAACAUAACACAUAAAAGCAUCUUCUGAGAAUUAGUAUUUCUACCAGCGGGACAGGUAGAUUUUAGCCUAAGGGCAGUAAUUUCAUACAUGUUCAAGUUUCUACCAGUCAAGAAAUUAUGACUAUUUUUUGCCAACGUUUCUUUUCUGUGUGUAUGGGAAAUAGAGCAACAGAGUAAUUACCUUCAGAUCGGUAUUUGAAUCCGAUCUCCGUUGUUAUAUGAAUAUUUUCUAUCUGGAAGCAUACCAAUGUGCAUUUAUCAGUCAGGCAAACAGGAUUUUAGAGUUUUAGAUAAUUACUUGUGGUCAGCAAAUGAAUAAUGGUCACUGGUUUUAUAAUCUGCGGGAAUUUUGUAUAGACACGGCAAUAAAUGCAGUACUGUUUUAUGAGUAAGGUGUAAGGCAAGCUACAACAGAUUGGCUGAUUUGAGUUGGGAACACACCUAAUCUGUGGGUUUUUUAUUCAAGCACACUCCAAUUAAUCGGGCUUUGAAACACCCAGGGAACAGGUGCUCUGCCAUCUUCUUCCUGGUUUUAUCUCAGCUGAAACAGAGAAAAGCUAUCAAAACUGAUAAAAUCAAACCAAAUUGAAGUUUCACCUUCAGAAUGAUGUUUGAUCUGAAAGCUGGCUCAAAUAUGAGCUGAAAUUUUGCCCUUUAAAAAAAAAAAAUGGAGAUAAGGAAUUUUUUUAAUGCUUAAAAAUUCAGUUUUAUACAAUUAAUCAGAGACUACUCAACCUUAAGACUGAGGUUUGUUAGUGCUCUGUUAAGAAUAUAAUGCUUAAAUACUGAAUGCACUACUUUCUGAGCUGUUUGCUAUUAGCAAAUUGUACGUUUCAUGAAAGCUUUUAUGGAACUAAGCAACAUUAGACUUCCUAAAUAGGGAGGAAAGCACAACUAAUGGCCAGACCACUACAGUAAAGGGAGACUGUAUUUUGUACAUGUGUUGUACAUAUCCAGAAUAUUUACCAUUUUAAAGGUGUACAGUAAAAUAUCUUAAAAUUCCUAAAUGUUUUUCUUUCUUGUGUUUCCGUAGCGGAAUUUCAUAGAAGUAGGGAAAUGGGAGUAACUGAUGAUCUAGAAGAGUGGUAAUUUAAGAGAGAGAGCAUUCUCCAAGCUUUUUUAACUUUAAAUAUUUGCUGUUUACGGUAACUUAAAGUGUUAUUUGAAACUUCUUUUAGGCAAACAUUUUGAGCUAGAUUUUUGUGCUGACAGCGCGUGCGUUUAGCUGGUAUUUACACACGGGGCAGAAGUGUGCUUUUGAGGCCGUCUCCUGCCCCAUCCCAGUCCCCCACGUUUUGGCCUGUGUCAGCAUGGAGCACCUUAGGCUUACACCAUUUCCAUCCAUUUCUCAUGGAACCAAAGGCUUUUUGCCCUCCGGGAGCAGGCCUAUCACACUCCUUGUUUGUGGAAUCCCGCCAGAGCAAAGCCUCCUCCACACUGAUACUGUGGGCAGCGGGUCUUGCACAUCAGCUGUUCAACUCCGUGUAUUCGCUCCUAUUGUGCCACAUUACUUGAAAAUUUAGACGUAGCCAGUGUUAAUUUGUAGAAAUAAAUGGCUCUGCAAGUGUAACUGAAUGUUACUUUAUUUCUGUUGUUUUUGCUGUCACGGACUUCAAAGUUUAGGAAUGUUUCUGAGGUCUGACCCAAUGACUGUAUUUUGCUGUAUUUUCUGUUCAUGUAAGGGCUUCAUUUGUCCUGAGAGAGCUCCUUUGACUCAUUGUUUGUGAAGAUGUAUAUUUUGGGAGAAAAAAAUG